GAACCUUUCACCUCCGUACAGGUAAACUUGCAACUGAUACAACACCGCCUCCCACGUCCUUCGUUGCGAUACUCUGAGUAAUCCCCACAUGGCUGAUCGGUAACCAUACUUCUCGAUGUAGUACGACCAAGCCGACAGAUCACUCGAGUUGACAAUGGCAUCUCAGGCCCCCGUUGGCGGGGGAAGUGGCCGAUCGAUAUUCCCCAAGGGGCCCAGCUUUACCUUGGAAAACUUCUCAAAUAAGGAUUUCAUUGUCAGAGAUUUUGUCGAGGACCUUGCAGAAAGUGCGGUUCCUGUAAAUCGGCGUUCGGGGCCAGGACAGCAACCCUUUGAUCCAAAACCUCUCAUCAGGACCUUUGAAAGUAAGGGCUCCCUUCCGCUAAUACUGGCACGAAGUCUAAUAAACCACAGGUGCCCUUGCACAACUUGCGACUCUUUCCGAAGAACUGGGAGAAAAGGAAACUGAACUUCUUACUUCAGUACGACGGGCCGAGGUCCAGCACCACCAGACUCUAGAUGAUUUGGGGAGGAAGCUCGACGAGUCCAUAGAUUCUUAUGAGACACUUGACAUUGCUCUGAACCAACCUAAUGGAACCAAUGGGAAUGAUAUCAACGGACGAAACCAUGACGGAGGGGGUUUAGUUGCCGUGCAAAUUGGAGAGAGAUUAGAAGCUCUGGACAAGCAACGAAGACGAGCGCAGGACGCCAAUUUCCUAAUACAAUGCUGGAUAGAAGUCAGUGAAGCCGGGCAGUUGACGUCUUUAGAGGAUAUGAUAAGACGUCAAGGUAGUGGGGACAAUAAGGUACGAUGUGCUGUUAUUGCUCGACAACUUAUGAGAAUGAGCCAGAGGUUGGAUCCCACGUCCUGGGCACAGACAAACGGUUCCAAGAAAACGAAUGGAGUCACGAAUGGCAUUGUUGACUACAAGGGACAUAACACCCGAGAACUAAUAGAGAAAUUUUCGGAAACGUUGGAGAAAGACUUGUUGAAGCAAUUCGAUGACAGCUACCGAAGGCAAAACUUUGACGACAUGUUGGAAUGCGCAAAAGUACUGCACGAUUUCAAUGGUGGAUCAAGUGUCGUUGCUUUAUUUGUCAAUCAGCAUCAGUUUUUUAUUGAUCGAAGUCAGCUAAUUACUGAUGAAGUGACAACGGACAAUGAGACUUGGGAACGGCUAGCGGAUCCAGAUUCUGAUCCACCAGGAGUUGAACCAAGCUUGCAAUCGCUUGUUGAUGAGAUCAGGGUUGUCAUGCAGGACGAAUCAUUUAUCAUCAAGCGAGCAUUUCCAUAUUAUGAGGUGGUCUUGACCAAAUUUAUCCAGAGAGUUUUUCAGCAAUCUAUUCAACAACGAUUGGAAAUGGUACUGGAAAAGGCCGAUACUAUAUCCUCUCUAGCCUUUCUGAGAUCACUGCAUGCCUCGCGAAGUUACAUCAAUAAUCUGAUCGAAGAUCUCAAAGCCCAUGGCCUGACGGAACACCCGGAAGCCUGCACAGCUCAGACUGCAUUAAGUCUUGACCAGCAGCUGGACGAGUUAUUCGUCCCGUAUCUGGUUGGAAAUUCAUACAUAGACCGAGAAAGGAAGAGUUUGGAAGAACUGUCUUCGUCGCUGCUUUUCAAGUACACAAUUUAUCACUCGCGGCGAAAGAAGGCUCCUACCGGUUUCAUGGCAUCUCUGGCUCAACAAGGAACACAACUCUUGUCAACGGCAAAGGACGCUUACAUUGACCGCUUGGAUUCCUCUGAACUCACGGCAACGCAGAAAGCCAUGAUGAUAAGAGUCGCAGGCCUUCAAAAUCAAGACAACAGCGCCAAGAACGAAAUCGAAGUUAGUGAUGAGGAUGGAUUGUUGAGUAUUCCCAAUGCCAAACGAAUGCUGAAGUGGUUAGCGGAAGGUGUUCGACGAGCACUCGAACUUGGCAGUGGGAGCGAUACCCCCAAAGAUGUAUCAGCUUUGCUCAAUCUACUUUUGACCAGCAUGGGACAGGUCUAUAUCGAGACUGCGUUGGAUGCUGCUGCAGAUAUGUCUCUGUCUCAGGAAACUGUCAAAGUGGAACCAGAUAUCACCUAUCUGCCCCAAUUACAGCCAGCCAUCACAAUUACCAACAUCAUGUCGCGGUUUAUCAACACUGUCCUGAUCAAAUUGGCGGAGUCAAAUACAACAGUAAGACGAUCAAUGGAACUACUGGCGAAAUCAGCAGUAGAGCGGAUUGAGUCGAAAACGAACAAUAUUGUUCGAAGCACCCUCACAGUAGUUAUCAAUUGGGUUACCCGAUUGUUGGCAAAUCAGAAAAAGGCGGAUUUCCGACCAAAGGAUAGUGAGCUUGAUGGGUCCCGUGGGGUUCCUGGGUACCUCGAGACCUUGCAAACAGCAACAUGCGGCUCAAUUUGCACUUUCCUCGAUAAAGUGGCCCUAGCAGCUUCCCAAGCCAUUGAUGGCCAUAAUUUGGAAGUCUUUAGCUGCGAACUGGUCCUUGGCAUCAGAGAUCUCCUCUUUGAACACUUUAAGAAGUUUCAGGUGAACGCUACUGGUGGUUUGAUGGUGACCAAGGAUAUGUCAAGAUACGUAAAUACACUGAAGAGUUGGCCAUUAUCAAAGGAAGCUGAAGCCGGUGUAGAGCUUCUUAGUGAGAUUGGUAAUUUCUUCAUCAUUGGACCGGAGGCUCUCAAGGAGAGAUCAAGGAAUUUCCAGAUCGGGCCGGGAAAGAAACUGCAGAAGCCUGAUUUCAGAGCUUUUAUUUUAAGAAGAGAUGAUUCUUCGAGUGUGGGGAUUUUGAGUGUGCUUGCCGGGUUAUGAUGAUACCAUUCAAUAGAAACAUUUUAGAGACCAAAAGUGUAAUCUGGUGUAGGGGAAAUGAUGUGAUUUGAAAUCAAUACUCGUAGUCGAGUCUUUUCCACACAAAAUCUAG